CUAAGUAAAAGUACUCCUCUCUCCUCCUCUUCCUCUCUUUCACAGGAGUCAACUACUGAGAAUUUUGGUCUGACGGCUGAUUUUGCCGUCAACUAUUCGCUAAGAAAGAGAUUUCAUCUGUUGAGAGGGUGCUGCUUCGCUUGAUAAUUCUCAGCCAGGAUCGAGCUCCUAGAGGAUACUAUGGGGGGCGGUGGAGUCAGCCAACUCCUCGAGCAGAUACACAUGCUUUCAAGAAGAUGCUUGUUCAGAGUCCUAUCUAUGGGUCCUUUACCCAUCCACCUCGCUUUUAUCAUGGAUGGCAACCGUAGGUUCGCUAAGAAGCGCGGUCUAGAAGACGGGUCCGGCCACAAAGCCGGCUUCUCCGCCCUUAUGACUAUGCUACAGUACUGCUACGAGCUGGGCGUCAAGUACGUGACCAUAUACGCCUUCAGCAUAGAUAACUUCAGGAGAAAGCCCGAGGAGGUUCAGUCUCUCAUGGAUCUGAUGCUAGUGAAGAUCAAGUCCUUGCUCGAUAAAGAGAGCAUCGUGCACCAAUACGGCAUACGUGUUUAUUUCAUCGGUAACUUGGGGCUUCUCAACAAACAAGUGAGAGCUGCUGCUGAAGAAGUCAUGAAGGCCACGGCUGAGAACAGUAGAGUGGUGCUUCUCGUCUGCGUUGCUUACAACUCCACCGAUGAGAUCCUACAAGCUGUCAAGAGAUCUUGUGCGGAUAAGGAUGUGGAGAGGGAGAGGGAGAGGGUUCGGUUGGUGGAUAUUGAGGAGAAUAUGCAGAUGAGCGUGGCUCCGGAACCUGAUAUACUGAUCCGGAGUUCAGGAGAGACGAGGCUGAGCAACUUUCUUUUGUGGCAGACUGGUCACUGCCAGCUCUUCUCUCCGGAUGCUCUGUGGCCUGAGAUUGGACUGAGGCAUCUGGUGUGGGCUAUAUUGAACUUCCAGAGAAGCCAUUCAUACUUGGAGAAGAAGAAGAAGAAGAAACAGUUGUAGCUGAUUUGUCAUAUUUUUCUUUUGGCUUUUGUGUUUUUUCUGGGUCAUGUGAUGUUCUUGUGGUAUACUUACAAAAAAGGAAACUUUGGGAUAACCUAGAACAUGCAAUGUAUUUUAGACACAAAGAAAUGGAAUGGAAGACUUGAAGGAUC